UUUUGUCUUGGUAGUGCCACUUUUUUCAACUGGACAACAUCCCAAAUCACACGUCCUAUACCGUUAUGGAGAUCUUACUGGAGCAGUUCUAUUCGCUAUCAUCUGAACCUAAAUCGAUAAAACAUCUGGGAGAAUGAAUUAAAAACUAGCAUACAUAAAAAAUAUACGGCCAUAAACAAAAACUAAAGGAUGGUUUGGUGUAUGAGUGGAACCAAGUAACGGUUUUAUUACGGGUUUCAAUUCCACUCGCAUUAUAGUUUUGUUCACCUAACGGUUUUACGUUUCACAUAAAACUAAACGAGAGAGAUAUAGGGUUAUAUAUCAGAGACCUGCACGAGUAAUUAAAAAAGUAACAUGUUAGCAAGCGGCGAUGCCGAUGCGGCGAGUACACGCUACGUAACGGUACUUUGGCAUCGUGGGCAUCGGCAUCGUGGGUAUCGGCAUCGCGGCAUCGCCGAUUACUAACAUGUUACUCAAUUAGUAUUGUGCGCGAAGAAAAGAACUGGCAUUUUCGCAUUAGCAAAGUUUUUGCAUUUGUGCUAUUAUUUAAAUCUAUAUAAUGGAAAUUUUACAACGUAUUAAAAGUGGUGUUUAUAAAAUUAGUUAUGCAUCGGGUUCAAGUGACAUCUGGAAGUUUUAUAAUAAAAUUGUGGAUACCAAGACGGGGGAGAAAAUCUGGACGCCAUUUUAUUUUUGCAUUCACAACAAAAAAAGUUAAUGAUUUCGAAAUAAAACCUAUAACUACGGAGGACAUUUACUACGGAAAUGAAGACAUUUCGACGGAUGACAAAUUUUUUAGCAUGGUUAACCAUAACAGGAGUGUUAUGCAGGUGAUGGAAAUGGAUAUAUCGAAAGUACAUGAGAAUGAGGCUUAUCAAACAUAUAAACUUGUAAAUGUUAAUAAUGACGUGGAAAUCAAAGACAUCACUAAAUACUUUAACGAUCAGCAUACAUUUGAUUCCAUACAAUCAGUAAAUAAUGCGGGAAGGAGAUUAUCAAAUACAACUGAGGGACCUAUGGAUAUUUCUAUGCAUUUGAAUGAGUGUAUACAAAAAAAUUCGGAAAACAAUCAAUCUUCUAAAGGAGAUUUACAAAUAACAGUAACAACAGAAACGAAUGUUCCAAAAAUGGAUGUCUUAAGAAAAGUGUGCUCCUCAUCUGAAAAUAUAUUUUCGGGUACCUUAACGAAAAUAAAGAAUUACCGUCCUCCAUUCGAGAAUUUAAUAGAUGAAUCAGACCCAGAUGAUAAGCCUACGAAUAAUAGCUCCUUUUUGAGUACAGAAGUUAAAUUGGAUAUUAAAAAUUAUGAGAACAGUUCAUUACGUAGCGUUAGUUACAACUCGCCUUUGUUUCCACCAAUUAAAAGUAAGAAGCUCAAUCUUCGUCAGUUGAAUGCUGAAAUUUGUGAUGGAAAAAUAAUCGUGUUUCCUAACAAAAUUAAACAAUGCUUCUUAACUAAUCCUAAUGUUAACUCUUCAUUUAAAACGAUUUUAAAAGAUGGUAUUAAUAAUAUCUCAUACGAUAUAAAUACUAAGAAUUAUUCAUUAAAAUUUUCGGAUUGUGAAGAUAUGACAUCAGACAGCACAAGUUUUCUUGUGAAAGAAAAAGUAGGCGAUGAGACGGGUUUGGGAAAUGUGUCAAAACUGUCUAAAAAUGGAUUCAAACGAGAUACAAUUCAGUGCAGCUCCGAAAUUGAUACGUCAGCUGUGUUAGCAGCUUCAUUUAUAAAAGAUAUACAUGUUGAAAAUAUAAACAAAGAUUUUCACAAUUUUCAAAACACCAACGAAUUAACAUCUGCUAAUUAUAUGUUUAAUAGCGAAGAAUCGAAUGAAUCAUCCAAAGAACUUAUGAGGUCAAUACAUGAUAUCUUAGAUAUGAGCUUAAAUUUAACAAAUAUUCAAACUGUAACAAAUGUUCUACCCAAAAGUAUAAAAUCAGUAGCUUCUGCAACUUAUGAUGAAACAAAACAUGUCCCCAAACUUGAUGUAACUCCACAAAAUAACAAAAAUCUUUGUAAACGGAGGCAUACUAUAUACUUUAAUCAAGAUAUUGCACCAUUAAAAGCUCACAUACACUCCGAGUCAGGGUUAGAUAGCUAUAAAAUUGAUACAAAGCAAUCACAGGAUAUACAUUUGAUAGAAGAUAAUUAUAAUAAUGAGUUUAAAUGUACUCCGGUUUCGAAUGUUUCAAAAUGCAAUAAAACGGUUAUGAUGCGGCAGAAGUCCCUUGAUUUUAGUGACGGUAGUAGCGAUUCGUUGAUAUUAAAUUUAAAAGAAGCAAGGGCUGCAUUAUCUUCUAAUUGUAAACGUAGAAUUGAAGGUACUCCACAUCGUUCAUUCUUAGAGUUUGUGCAUUUAGAAAAAGAAGUGGAAAAGGAUGAUGAAAUAUCUUUUGAUAAAAGUGUCCUCAAUGAUCUCAAAAUAAAAUCGCUGGAGGGACAGGCUCUUCAGAAUAUAGGAGAAACUGAAGAACAAAAGCGAAGAAUUGAUAACCUCCACAGAUCUUUGAUAUCAAGUCCCAUUUCGGAUUUAAUAAUUUAUAAACGGCCUACAGCAAAUUUGACCCCAAAUUUACCAUUUCCCAAAAAAAGGCAAACACUCAUUUUCAACGACUGCCCGAUGGACGAAUCUAUAAACAGUUUCAAACCUGAGCCUAAAAAUAUAAAUUGUGAUAGUAUCAAUGAAUAUAGCUUUAAAAAAAACGCAGUUACUGAAUUAAAGGACAAGAAAGAGUACGUAGAGAAUUUUAAUGUCAUAAAAACGGAUGAGCCAGCUAAUUGCAAUUCAUCUUUAAAAAAUAUCUCAUUAGAUGAAGAUUCUCUAAGACAAACACAAAUGAAAAUUGAAGCUUCUGAAGGUCUUAAAGUUCAGAAUGAAACGAGUCCCAGCAUAUAUACCUUGCAGUCUCGUUUUCCUAUUACCUCCAAUUGCAGUAUAAAGGAGCGAAAAUCAAAUUCAGUUAACUUGGCAGUUACAAGCAAAGGAGUUGAUUCUACAAUGAUAGAUGUUUCUUUAGAUACAAUUCAACUUCCCAGGAAAGCGGCAACAAAACUCGAGAAUCAGAAUUCAAUUUUGAGAGUCCCAUUUCCUUCCAUAACAUCAGAUCACCUUGUAAUUGAAAAUGAAAGUUUUAAGAACGUUAAGUCCAUAUUUGAAAACAACCCAAUUACCAUAUCGGAUGUAUCUGUAUAUUAUUUAGCCCAACAGAAGUCGUAUAUUAUUAAUGGACUUGAAGAAGACAUUAGAAAUGAAUAUUUAACAGACUCAAACAAAGCAGAGGUUUUUAAUAAACAAUUCAUAAACUUAGAGCGGGAAAAUUCUUCUAUAUGUAUUUCCGAAAUUGACGAUAUUGAAAAAACUCAUUUAAGUCUCGUUGAAACGUUUGCUUCUGAAAAUGUUGAAGAUUGCGAAGAAAAUGAGCGCUCCGAUAAGCAACCCAUUGAAGAGUUGAUAAUAGAACCUAUGGAAAAAAGUUCUCUAUUGCUAAAAGAAAAAGAUGCUCAAAUAAAUACAGUUAAGAAUAAAAAUCACAUAAUAAUUUGUCGUCGAUGUAAGCAUAGCCAGGAAUCGUUUUCCUCUGGAAGUAUGUCAAUCACUAGUGAGUCAUUUGCAUUGCCACCAUUGCCGCCAUCACCCUCUCUUGGCUUGGAACAUUUAAUAAGACUCCGCAUUCUUCCAAAAUUGAAAAAUGUCCACGAAUAUUGGCGAAGAAGGUCGUUGGAAAAAAAUGGUUCAAAUUUAUCACCUUCGCUGGGCUUUAUCUUUGACUCAGGUUGUGAAAAAACUUCGGUUUCUUUUAAUGAAAUCCUACAUAAAGAUAAUUACGUGUUUAAAAAAAUAGAGAAACAGCUCAAUGAACUGCAGCUUGAAGCAUUAAGAACUGACAUUGCUUUUAAGAAUCUAAAUUGCGUGAUCAGCAAAACAUUCCCGAAUUGGGUGUUUAACUAUCAAACGAGAGCAAGGAAGAUAAUUACACUUGUUCAUAAAAAAAUUGUUUCUUUUUCUAUCGAAAUUAUUUACUCCGACGACGCACAGCUUGGAAAUUAUAUUUCAAUACAAGACGUUUGUUUACGUAGCGGUCGAGUGUCAUCAAAAUUUUGGAAGCCGAUUGAUUACAUCUUAGAUUUCAGUCUCAAAAUUAAUUUGCCAGUUGAUUUAAAAUUACUUUCACAUGCUUAUAAUAAUGAAGAUCCUAUACUUAAGCUAUUGCAACACAUGGAUGAAGUUUGCACUAACAUACUUGGAGAUGCUCGCAGCUUGUGGAUACUAGUUUGCAGAGAGGAAGCUUCUUUGAUUAGAUACUCAAAUCGAGUAAUUGUGCGAAAGUUUACACGCGCGUUUGACGGAAUCAUAGAUAAUAAUCCGUUACUUAAAAAAACUGAGUUCCAGAUAGAAAUAAAUAAUAUUCGAACUUUGUCAGUUAAAGAUAUUAUAUCUCCCCCGCUUUAUGCAUUUAAUGAUGAGUUACAGUUUUUACCCAGUGGUAUAGAUUUUCUCAAGGAAUUUCUUAUGUCUCCCUGCCGUUAUUUAAAACAGUAAUUAGUUUUGAUUUUCAAACAAUAAUUCUUUAACACUCAUUAAUUUAUAAUUAUUUGAUAUAAUUAUACACAUUUUAUAAGAGAAAAAUAUUAUUUUAACUCAAAAUCUGUAAGACAUUGACUUUUUUUCUUAUUCUCUUUACGCCCUAUGUCUGACGAUGUUGUUGUUGUUCUAACGAGUACCUAGUCCCCGUUAGAAUGGUAAGGGUUAGCCAAGUUGUCGUCGACGUCAUCUAACGUCUAAAUUUUUUCUAAAAAACGUGCUGUUUUGACGGGGUCGGACCAAAGGGAGAGGUGUGUUAGAUGAAUGAGGUUGGUGUGGCAUGCAAAGAGGUGUUGAUGGCUCCACUGAGAAUGGCCUUCAGUGCUUGUCGGAGGUUUGUUGAGUCUGAAGUCGCGUUGGCGGACUGUCUAAUGUCUUCAACGUACUUUAAGAAUGACCUCUUGAUGUUCCUAGGAGGCGGUUCCAUUCCAAGCAGGUGACUGCAGGGGUGAUUUCUGCUGCCGGCUAGCGACUUGAGAAUUUUUUCUCGGCUCUGUACUUGGCAAUAAUCGCGGUUGUAUAAGGAGUGAAGGAGCAUAGACCGUUGAAAGUUACAUCUAAAAUCUUAGGAUUAUAUACAGUCGAAAUCUUGAUGCCAUCGACUGCAGUAUUAAGGUCUGUACUCAUUCAUCCACUUUGUAAAUAUGCUCGCUGUGAAUUUGGUGGGUGAUAUUCAUCCCUAUCAUGCAUUUCGAUUACGUUCCCGCUCUACGCUCCGCCGGAGUCGAAAUUAGGUAUCAUGCGUUGCAAUUGGAUUGAAAGAAGAAGAGGAAGAGCUAUAACUCUUUCGAAAUCAGCUGUUUGCCUUGAAAUAUGUGGAACUGGAACAUAACAAAGCAAAAAUACACAAAUUACUGCUGUUCAAAGAAAAUAAAUAAAAGU